AUGAAAGACUUACUAACUAGACGCUGUGGACUCACAGAUGGGUGGUUCCGCGAGAUCUCGGAGAUGUGGCCUGGCCAGGCCAUGACUCUCCGGGUCAAGAAGGUGCUGCACCACGAGAAGAGCAAGUACCAGGACGUUUUGAUCUUUGAGUCGACCAACCACGGCAAUGUCCUCGUCCUGGACAAUGUCAUCCAGUGCACUGAGCGGGACGAGUUCUCUUACCAAGAGAUGAUCACCCACCUGGCCAUGAACUCUCACCCCAACCCCAAGAAGGUUCUCGUCAUUGGCGGCGGCGACGGGGGUGUCCUCCGCGAGGUUGUCAAGCACGAGUGCGUCGAGGAGGCGACGCUUUGCGACAUUGACGAGGCCGUCAUCCGCCUCUCUAAGCAGUACCUCCCCCACAUGGCCGCGGGCUUCAACCACCCCAAGGUCAAGGUCCACGUCGGCGAUGGCUUCAAGUUCCUCGACGACUACAAGAACACCUUCGACGUCAUUAUCACCGACUCGUCCGACCCGGAAGGUCCCGCCGAGUCGCUCUUCCAAAAGCCCUACUUCCAGCUCCUGCACGAUGCCCUCCGUGAGGGCGGCGUUAUUACCACCCAAGGUUCCGAGAACCAAUGGCUCCAUCUGCCGCUGAUCACCAAGCUCAAGAAGGACUGCGGCGAGAUCUUCCCCGUGGCCGAGUACGCCUACACCACGAUCCCGACCUACCCAUCGGGCCAGAUCGGCUUCAUGGUCUGCUGCAAGGACGCCAACCGCAACGUGCGCGUGCCAGUCCGCUCGUGGAGCAAGGAGGAGGAGCGCAAGUUGUGCAGGUACUACAACUCGGAGAUCCACAAGGCCAGCUUCGUCCUGCCCACCUUUGCCCAGGAGGCUCUGCAAUGA